AUCAAUUCGUAGAAAAUGCUAUCUGCCCAGAUACCGCGAAAUUCUUCACAAAAACGGGGGCUAAUUUCGUUUCCCUUCUUUGCUGUAUCCAUUAAGUUUUAUAUAGAUUAUUUUUUCCUUGUUUCCUGCAGAAAUUCGCUGGGAGACAAUUCUUCUUCCCGGGUAAUGAAGUUAUUCAUUCUGUUGGUGUUCUUGUGCGCCAUCUAUCCCGUUUUGGGGUGGAUUCACAGAUGCCCCCCGCCAGAAAACGUUCCGCGAGAGUGCAGUUGCACGAAGUCAAAGAAUCAGGUUCUGGUCAGUUGUCGACACGUGACCGACACCCACGUGCUGUCCGAGAGCUUGAUUUCUUUCCAGAAUUACGUAGUGGACGAACUGGAAAUUUCCGACAGCGGGCCCCUAGAAAUGCUGGCCGGGCCCUUUGCAAGACAGAACAUCCAUCGCAUUGUUUUUAAUAACGUAAGAUUCGGAAACUUACCAAUUCUCCGCAGCUUCAGGGGUCUCGAACAAAUUCUAGAAUCGCUGACUUUCAACUGUUGCGAAGUUAACAGAUGGACCUGGACAGAGGGACAAGGUUUCUCCUAUCUGAAAACUUUAACCUUUAAGCAAACUAAUCUACCGGAAGUCUUGAGCCCCGCAUAUUUCGCCAAAUUCCCGAACAAGAUCGAAAACUUGAAUAUAAUCAAGUGCAACGUGAAAGAAUUGGAAGGAAAUGCACUCGACAAGUUUACGGCUCUGAAGACCUUAAGAUUAGAAAACAAUAGGCUGAACUCGCUAAGCAGAACAUCUCUCCCUCCGAAGUUAAGGAGACUGAUUCAUUUGUCUUUCCUAGGUAAUCCACUGAAGGUGCUACCAGAAGACAUCUUCACGCACAUGCCACGUCUCGAGAGCCUGAUGCUGGGAGGAACUAGACUGAAAACUCUGGAUAAAAAGACAUUCGAACCAAUCUGGGACCAACUGGAAAAGGUGUUCUUUAACGGUAUUGUACUAAAUUGCGAUUGCAACAGCACCUGGUUGAUAGAAGUCGACGCCGAAAAAAUGAAAGUUCCUCCCUCGUGCGGUUCACAUAACAAACCGAUUACCGAGUUCACCCACGAGGAAUUAUGUCGUACCCGCCGCAAAUAAGCGCUUGUAUUAUUACGUUUUAUUAGUAUAUACAUAUAUAUAAUACAAUAUAUAGCAACCCAUUGUA